ACAAAAAUCCGUAAAACAGCCGCCGAGAAGCGGGGCUCCUCCCCACGGCUCGGCAGGGCCAGGCCGCCCGCAGCCCAGAGCCGCCAGGCGGCGCCACCGCCCCGGAAAGGCCGCGCCCGGGCCCGCCCCGACCAGGCCCCGUCGGGCCCCGCGCACGGAGGCGGUGCGGCCAUGGCGGAGCAAGGAGGCCCCGGAGGGAACCAGCGGUCGGCAGGCGGGCGGAAGAUGUCCCUGCAGAGAUGUGAAACGUGUAGCGAAGAGGAAGCUAAGUACAGAUGUCCACGAUGCAUGAAAUAUUCAUGCAGUCUGUUGUGCGUAAAGAAGCAUAAACUCGCACAAAGCUGUAAUGGAGUCAGGGAUAAAACAGCAUUUGUCUCUGUAAAUGAAUUUACUGACUUGAACCUUUUGAGUGAUUAUCGUUUCCUGGAAGAUGUAGGAAGGACAGCUGAUGCUGCUGCUCGACAUCCUACUGUGCAUAGUCCAACAACAAAAAAACUUUUAUAUUGCUUGAGAAACAAAGCUCGAAAGUGUAAUAUUGACCUGAGAACACUGCCUGUUGGAUUUACAAAAAGAAGAGAAAAUUCAACCACCUUCAAUUUCAUGGAGAAAAAGUUCUACUGGCAUUUGAAGCUCGUAUUUCCUCACUGUCAUGCUGAAUACACUUUAAAAGGGGUGCCUGAUGAUAGAACACUCGCUGAUAUCCUUAAGCCGUACAUUGAUCCAGUGGAGUCUGAUCCUGUAGUUUGUCAAAGAUUAAGAAUGUAUACAAUGUCUCCUCCGUCAGAUGUACAAAUUUUAAUGAAAAUUGAAAACAGGAAACGAAACUCUGUCAGGUACAAUGAACUAGAUGCCAGUAGAAGCCUCCUAGACAAUUUGAAAGGCAAAGUAAUAAUUGAGUAUCCAACGUUAUUUGUGGUCUUGAAAACAUUGAAGAAAGACAUGGUGGUUCUUGGCCAAGAUGCCACUGAACCUGCAGAGAACUCAGACGGUGAAAGUUCAUCGCUUUCAUCUGUGGAAGAAGGGGAAAUUCGAGACACUUUAUGACGGUUCUUUGAGAGAAGGGGGUGGAAUGAGUCUUUUAUAUAUCUUUAAAAAAAUUAAUUAAAUGUUUUUUUAUACAGCUGAGUUGUCAGAGGUUUGGUUUGGCUUUCUUCAGUAUAGGCAGCACUUCCAAAACUGCCUGCCUAUUUUUUGAUUUAGGAAUGCAAAUUUAGGGACAUGAACAAAGAGAUGGGGAAUUCCUGGUUCCAGAAAAAGCUGAUAUUCUCGUUUAAUUGCACCCUUUUGUCCAUAUAUCUUUAAUAAGUCAGAUUAACCCAAAUUUAAAGUUUCCAACUUAGUUUCAACAAUACUUUUUUCCUUUAACAGCUCAGUGUCUGAUUACUGAGUUUAAACAUCUGAUCACGUAUCUGUAUUUGUGUGUGGACUUGAGUAUUAACGCUUAAGCUUGCUAAAAAAACUACUGUUGUUUCAUUAGAAUAAUUUUCUUGGAGGGUAUUUGUCAUGCAGAGCUGCUGCAAAUGAUCCUUAGUUUUGACUUUAAUCUUCUGUGGUGACAUUUUGGGUGCCUGGUGCAAUACGUUUUAUUUUCUUGGUUUCAUCUUGUUUGAUGUGUUAAGGACAGGUCAAACCACGUUUUAGGAUGACAUGUUGCUGUUACAUUUAGUCUUCUACUCUGAUCUUCUAAACUGGCAUGGGUUUUAAAAUGAAUAGAAAUAGAUACAUAGAGUGUCGCUAGUGCUAUUAUACUGGACUUCUAAACAAUGCUGAUGUUAUGCAUCUUAUAUUACUAGUUUACCCACUGAAGCCAAGCUUUGUAAAUAUUGACUGGAAUAUCAACUAAAUUUACCUAUAUAGAAACAAAUAAACCUUAAAAAAUAAAUAAA